AUGAACUCCACUUCCAACCGGACUCAGGUAUUUUAUAUACCUGUUGGCCUAACUCAAGUUCAGAAAGAUUUGUUGGAAAUUUUAAUCUCGAUACAUGCAGAGUCGUUUGUCUCAUGUGUAGAUAAACGUCUACUGCCAGAACUACAAUCUAAAUUAGAAAAAAAAGGGACAAAUCUCAAAAGAGACUUGAGUAUGACUGCAUUAACAGAUGUUCAGUUAACUGAAUGGUUCUUCGAAAAUAUAAGAGCUGUCUCGAAUCACCCUUGCCUGUUAGUUGAGCAUUAUAUGCCUAGACAGUUUUUGUUAAUGGAACCAACUGAAAGGUUGAUAUACACCAGCGAUAAAUUUGGCAAGUUAAAUCUAAUGGUUGAUCUUUUAUUGAAUCGUAAGGACAAAUCGAGGCCAUUGCAAGUUGCUAUCAUUUCACAUUCUGUGAAAGAAUUGGAUUUGAUUGAAGGCGUCAUGUUGGGAAAAGUUGCAAAGUUGAAGAGGUUAUCUGGAACUUCUUUGUUUGACGAAAAACAUGAAUAUGACGAUCAAACUUCUGGUUCAAGAACAACCAAUGGUGAAAAUUCAUCAAGUUCUGGUAGCGUAGCUCCUGAGCAAAUCGGAAAAUCGAAAGAUGAAUACAACUACUCUAAGUCAAGACGUAAGAAUAACAUAUCUCAACUUGACUGGUUGUUUUUGGCAACAACCACACAUUUGACACACUCUGAAGAUUUACUUUCUAGGUACAAUCUGGAUCUUAUCAUCAGUUUUGAUCCAAUGCUGGACGAAUCGUUACCAUCGAUAUUCAAAGUCAGGAAAAAUGGCAGAAAAACUCCUCUGUUUAAGCUAUUGGUCCAAGAUUCUCCGGAUCACUAUUUGUUAUCCAAAAAGAAGCCAACUACUACUUCCGAAAAGCUAAUUUUGGAUUCCAUUGUUCAUUUUCUAAAGUAUCGUGCCGAUAUCAAAGAUCUUAUUUCUUUACAACAAUAUGAAAAUAUUAUUGACUCAUUGAUCAAAGAGACGGACCCUGGUGAAUUUCUCCCAAGUGUAAAUCCAGGAAGUUCGAGAAAUAAUGAUGAUUUGAUUCCUUUUCUAACUAACCCAAUGGAAUUGAUGCCUCUAACUUACGGAAAAUAUGAAUUAAGGCUACAAUCAGGACCAAUGGACAUUAAAAAUUAUCAGUAUAUUUUAAAAACACUCACGGCAGAACGACUCAAACAAUGCCAUGUAGAAUAUGAAGAGCGUGAAAAACUAGUCCUCAAGACCAGAUUGAAAGAAACUAAAAGGUUAAAUGACUUUGAUGAUUUGAAGGUGAAUAUCGGACAACAUUUCAAAAAACUCAAAGAAAAUGAAACCAAAAUCAACGACUCUGAAAAACGCGUUGAAAGAACAAGAUCUGAGUUGGAAGUUUUAGAAGAACGUCUAAAGAGCUUGGUUGAACGCAAAUCCGAGCUUGUAAGGCUCUUAACUCUCGAAGAUAUUGCAAAAGAAAUUGAAAAUCAGAAGCAACAACAUACCAAGCUAUCAGAUGAAGUUUCUUCCUUCAAGAAGAGUAACGAUGAAGAGUCCUUUAAGAAUGACGAUUUGAGAUCUAGCUACCAACAAAAAUCGUCUGAGGCUGCUUCAGAAGUGCUAAAGACUUCAGCUCUGAAAGCUGAGAAAGAGGAGUUGGAACGCCAAUUGAAUGGACCUUUCACCAAGUGGGAACUUAUUAUAUUGCAAGAAAAAGAAGCACAACUCAAAUCUUCCUUACGCAAAAUGGUACAGCAGUCUCAAUUCCUAAUACAAUACAUGAACCGAAUACAAGGCCAAUACAACAUUGAAAACGAACCUGCAAAAAAAUCAUCUCCGGCAACGAACAACUCGUCAAGGUACACUACAAGAACUACCAGGGCUACUUCUCCUACGUACACAUAA